AAGUAAACUACUCGAUAGGGUCCCUGAUCGCCAGCUAUCCGUGUCGUGUGAGUGGUCCUCGACACCCGAGUGAGCCACCACCAUCCAGUUACAAUCGUGACCCCACCAGUGACCACCCGUAACAGCAACACCACCACCACCACCACGAUUACCACUUCACGUGCCCCCACCACCACGCGCAGCUACAGCCACGAUGUACACCUCCCACAACGCGAGCAUCAACAGUUCGCUAUCAGCGUGCGUCUCCUCGCUCCGGGACAGCACACGCCUUCUCGACUCGACCAUCUCGAUCCUCGAGACGGGCACACAAGACUUCCCACGGACGACGCGAGCAAUCCAAGCAGUGCGGGCCUACGAGCUGAUCUCGGAGCCGGAGCUAUUCUCCGCGCAGCGCGAGCUGGCCUCAGAGAUCGGGCCGGAGGUUGAGCACCUCCUCCGGCGCGUCGAGAUGCACCUGGCGAAGCUCGAGAGGCGCGAGAAGAGCCUGGUUAGUAGGUCCGAGUUGCAGGAGGGACGGAUUGCCCAAGGGCAGCCCAGGAUCGAGGGGAAGGGCAGGUUGAAGGAGAGGAUGAGUGUCUUCGCGACGGAUGAGCGCGCCGCCAGGCAGGAGAGGCUCAGGAUGCUCGGGAAUAAGAGGGAGCGCCUGGAGCAUACGCUCGAGAGACUGACGUUGCAGAUGAGCCACAAGGAGAGGCAGGUCAGGAUGAACAUCAACUACGGUGCGCGGUGAUGAUGUACGGACGGAUGGGUGUGGUUAUUGGCGUUUGGAGGCGUUUAGGGGGUGUUCAUUGGUAUUACUACAACUACGGAACCACUCUACCAUAGGGGAUUCAUUCAU